AUAUUAUAUUAUAUUAUUAUAAUAUAUUAUAAAGUUUAUUAUAAAUUAUAUCUUAAUAACUUGCAGAAAUAGACAAAAUAUUAGAUAUUUAACUUAUUUAAGUAUUCACAAAUUAAAUGAAAUUAACAUUAUAAUAGAAACUAUACGGUGAGAGAUAAAGCAUACAAAUGCAUAAUAUUUUAAUUUAUUUUGAAUUAAGACGUAAGUCAAAAUGAUAUAUUAUUGUCUACGUAUUAUAGAGUUUACGGCGGAACGGAUGGUUAUUAAAUUUAUGUGUUGUACUGUUGUAGUAGUUCAGUAUGAAUUAAAUGUAAAUACAUUGGAAUGUGUAUUGAAUUGUAUGAACUAAAUAUUAAAAUAAUUUAUAAGAACCAAUAAACCUGUGCCGAAAUAAUAAUAAUUCAAACGAAACAUCAUACGUAAUAGUGCAUUAUGUUCUUCAUAAUAUUCAUGUCAAGAAAAUAUGUGUAUCAAUAACGUGUCUUAGAUAAAAUAUUAAUAAACGAAAAUAAUUUGAGUAAUGAAAAAGUUUAUCAUAUUGGACGGAAUACGUUUUCGUGCAGUAUAGUUUAAAUUAUGUAUAUAAUUUUCAUUUUUUAACAUAACAUAAGCGAUGAUACUCCUAUUUUUCAGUUAAUUUCUUAGUACCUAAGUACUUUUUUGUGUAUACAUAUAAUUUGAAAAUCUUAUAGGCCUAACUUUUACAUUUUUGUUAAAGAUUAAAUCUAUAUUAUCAUUGUGCGUUUUUUUUACUACUAUAGUAGAGACAUUUUCAUAUUUCGAAUCAGAAUGUUUUUCCGCAUACAUUUAUGUUAAAUAUUGAAUUUUCAAUUUAUUGUUAUUUCCUAGGUAUUUAUAAGUAUUUAAAAUUUAGAUGAGCAUUGGAACAUAAAUAAUUAACCGGGCAGUGAAAUCAUUCAAUUCCCAUACAAAUCUUGAAAUAUUAUGUAAUAAAAUAACAUUAAAAUACUACCCAUGCGUUUUUGUGCUAUAUCUAUCACUGUGACCUAAAGUUUCUAUUAUACUCAUUUAAUUUUAAUUGUUAUUACUAUAAUACUAUUUUGUAUACUUAGAACAUAAUUUCUUCUACAGAUAAAGUCAAUUAAAUGUUUGGGUUAUUAUUGUUUGAGUACCAACCUAAUUUAUAUCCUGGUCCAUUUUCAUAUAAUAUUUUACUUCAAUGGAUUGUUAGAAAAAAACUUUUUUAAACUUUUUAUCCAAACAGUAUAUGUGAAAAGGAGAUUCAACAUACAAAAAAAAAAAAAUAAUCAAACAAACAAUUUAACAUUUUUUAUUUUUUUUGAUACUGUUUGGAAUGCAUCGCAAAAAUGCUUAAAAACGUACUAAAGCUUAAUGUUUUUAUAAUAAUUUAAUAGGGUCUAUAAAAGUUUAAUAAACCUUAUGUUUAUGUAUACUAUUAUACUAUGUAUGGUUCAUUGUACCUAUAUUAUAUACCUAAUGGUAUUAUGUAGUAGAGCCUCUGAGCUAAUGUUUAUAACCAUAAAAGUGUAUAUUAAAUUCAAAAGUAGCUAUUUUCAGUAGGUACAUACACAAAAAUCGAUUAUGAUAAAAAAAUAUUAUUUUCAUACAUAUUUUUGAAAUGUGAUUAAAUAUAGUAUAUUAUGUUAGGUAACUACCUGAAAGAUAUUUUUGAGCAGUUUAACUGUGGAAAAACAUUUUAAAAAAAGGUGGAUAAGUGGAUGUCGCUCUGCUGUACAGUAGGUUACAAGUGGGUCACUGUAAUGGAUGGUGUUAAAUUUGAAUUCAAUGAUAUAAUCAUUGUAUAAGAAAAACGAUUUUGAGCGAAAACGGUCAGUCAGCCUAUGAUAGGAGCCUAUGAAAUAAGUAUAUUUGAUGAUAUUAUUGUGAAUAAAGUAAUUUAUAUAUAACCUAUUUACGUGGAGCAUUGUUUUAAAUUUUCAAUCCUUAGCCAUAAAAGUUAAACAUUUUAUACAUUUUUAACUACAAAAUAAUUAAUAAAUUAUAAAUUUGAUAAAUGUUGUCAAAAUUUGAACUUUAAAUGCUUAUAAAAAAAAAUUGUGCCUAUGUAUUUUUAAUAUUUUUCAACUGCUAUGAGAACGAUAUAUCAGGAGCCUUAUAUUCAAUUUUCACGCUUUUUUACCCAACAAAUAAAAUGUUAUUGAUAUUUAUAGAAAAAAAAACUAAAAAAAUUGAAAACUGACAAUGUCCGUAAACAGCUCAAAAAGAGUCAAAAUAUUUUCAAAAUGUUAUGCUGUAUAGAAAACGCUAAUAUAAACAUUCAGUGAAAUUUUCAAGUAUCUACAGUCAUUCGUUUUAGAGUUACACCAAAAACCAAAAUCGAUUUUCUCGAAAACAGAUUUUGCGUAAAAAUUCCCGUUUUUCCUUAAUUUUUCUUUUGUUUUUCACGUCGCUUUUGAAAACUACUGGGAAAUUUUUACUUUUGACCCCCCAAAGUACCAACUAGAUUCACUUUCCUAUCAGAAAAGUUACUGUUGAAAAGAAUCCAAGCACUUUUACUGUCCUAAAAGGUGAUGACAGACACAAAAAUAAAAAAAUAAAAAAAAAACACGCAUCAUUGUAAAAUUAAUACAUUCAUCGAUUCGCUCAGAAUCUAAAAAAAAAAUAAAAAAAAAAACACACAUCAUUGUAAAAUCAAUACAUUCAUCGCUUCGCUCAGAAUCUAAAAUGGCUACAUUAGAUCUCAUAUUGUUUAAAAAUAACAUUAAUCACAAUUUUUUUUUAUGUGAUUUCCAACUGACCCAAUAUUUUUUAUUUACAACAAUUUUACUCUUGAUUGAAUCCAUGUGGUGUACCCAGGUACUGAAUUCCAACGAACAGCUCUAAUGAAAAAAAAAACAAUUAAGUUGGCUUAAAUUACUAGAACAUCAAAUUGGGUUCGAGUAAAUAGGUAUAGAUUUCGAUCGGGUUCCAGACGGUCGUCUACCUGAUGUAUACGGCCGUGUUCAUCGUGUCGCUGGUCGGCAACGGACUAGUGUGUUAUGUUGUCAUGUCCUCAACGCAAAUGCAAUCGGUCACCAACAUGUUCAUCGUGAACAUGGCCGUCGGUGACCUGGUCAUGACUCUGUUCUGUGUUCCCUUCCCGUUCGUCGCCUCGUUCCUAUUGCAGUAUUGGCCGCUGGAAAACUACUUGUGCCAAACCUUCACAUUCGGCAAAAUCGUCGCCGUGUUGGUGAGUGCAUAUACUUUGGUGGCCAUCAGUCUCAACAGGUAUAGAGCGAUUAUGUGGCCACUGAAACAAAGAACUAGAAAGUGCCAGGCUAAAUACAUAAUAGCAUUUGUUUGGACAAUGUCUGUCAUUACAGCGUUUCCUUUUUUACGAGCUACUUCGUUAGAUCAGAGUACAAAAAUACAUAGAUUCGACAUUUACUUUUGCUCUGACAAAUGGCCAAGUGAAUACUUCCGACGGCUCUCUAAUGCUGGAUUAUUUAUAUUGCAAUGCUGUAUUCCAUUUUCCAUCCUGUUGUUUACUAAUGUUCACAUUGGAAUUGUCGUGUGGGGUAAAAUACCUCCCGGCGAGGCACAAAAUUCCAGAGAUAUUAAGAUGGCCAAGUCAAUAAGAAAAAUGAUAAAAAUGAUGGCAACUGUGGUCAUAGCAUUCGUUGUUUGUUGGCUGCCAUAUGAUAUCCUUUUGGUGUUGAGGGCGUACGGGAUGUCGCUGCGCGCGUGGAGCAACCAGCCGUACGUGUGGUUCGCGUUCCACUGGCUGGCCAUAUCGCACACGUGUUACAACCCGCUCAUCUACUUCUGCAUGAACACCCGGUACCGGGCCGGUUUCGUGUCGGCGCUGCGCAGCGUGCCGGGACUCGGGUACGUGCCGGCCCGCCAAGACGGCGACGGCCUGCCGGGGCCCGGUUGGCCGCGCGCCCCGUCCGAGGUUCUUGUUCGACAGUUCCGGCUGCGUGCCCCGUCCGAGGUUCUUGUCUGACAGUUCCGGACGCGAGUCUUCGCCAAAUUGCGUAUCGGAUGUGAUACCAUAGUACCUGUACCUGUACCUAUAAAUAUUAUAAAGUCGCACGUUUUUCAAAUAUACGUGAAAAACUACGUCUGGCGUAAGCGAUGUUCUUAUUAUAUACAUAAGUAGGGUCUGGAUUUCAAGGCAAUGUUAUAAGUAAACAGUAAAAACAGCACUAAAAAUGUGAAAAAAUCAUUUGUGGAAAUUUAAAUGUGGAAAAACGGUUAAACUGACGAAUAAUCUUGAAUCUACGCGUUAUUAUAUUAUUAUUUUAAUCUAUAGACAGGUAGUACUGUUGUAGGGAUUAGAUGUAAUUUCAUAAACGUUAAAUUGUAUUAACUUAAAUCAAAAUAUACUCGAUAAAUAUCGCCGAUGACAAAACUCAUGAAAAAUAAUGUUAAACAUAACACCGACAAUGCGUUGUCUUCACGAGCUCUUAUCGAUUUAUACCGUCAAUACUUAUAUACAACUAUCAAAUCCAUUGAAAAUUAAACACGAUUAAAUAAAAAAAAAGAGAAGAUAGCAAAAAGGCAAAAUAUAUAUAUUCAUUAUUUUAGAAAUUAAAUGAAACACAUUUUGAUACAAAAAUUAUUUUUCUGUUAUAUAUAAAAAAAAUAUUAAUUUGCCUUCAAAUCCGAACCCUAUAUACAAUACAUAUUUUAUAGCGAUGACAGUUUCGUGUGUGUAUAGUCUGUACCCGCUGCAACGCUCAAAAAAAUAAAAUUCAUUUGUGUUGUACAUUUAUUUUAAUUUUUUUAUGUUAUUGUUAUGUAUUAUUAUAUUAAUGAAUGGAACAGGAGCUGGGAAUAAUAAAGUGUAUGCACAUCAAAAGUGUUAAAACCUUAGCUACCCGAGCUCCGACACCUGUAGUUUUGCGGGAUCGUAAAUUUUAUUGACAUAAUAAUUAUUGUUUGUUAAAUAACUAUAAGUUGUGUUUUACAAUUAAAUUACUAUAGACAUCA